AUGGCCAAACCAAUCCCAACUCCCGCUAGUUCGACCUCCAAAAAACCAGCAAGCGCCCUUCGGCGCGUAGCAAUGAUUCCGAUACUGGUUUUUGCGCUGUAUUUGCUUUUUAAGUCGUAUAAUUGGUUAGCGACGCCCAAAAAGCCAGAGAUUAUUUACGCAGAUAGGUACUCUCAUGAGUACAAGUUUCGUCCGGCAGCAUCUCCCAUUAUCACCGAGAAGCUGAAGAACGGGAAAAUUCUUAUACGCGGCCAUGAUACGCGUGAUCUUUAA